AUGGGCGGGGUGGCGGGGGUGAUGGGGGGGGGGGCAGAAUAUGGGGGAGGGGGGGGUGGGGAGGGGGGGGGGGGGAAAGGGGCAAGGGGGGGGGGAGCUGGGAGGCGGGGAGGGGGAAGGGGCGAUGGUGGGCCAAGGGGUCUAGGGUGGGGGGAGGUUGGGGAUUGUGAGGGGGGUGUGGUUGGAGGGGGGUACGGUGGGGGGGGGGGGAGCGUGUGGGGGGUAGACGGGGUGGGAAGGGGGGGAGGUCUGGUUAGGGGGGGAGGUUGGGGGAGGGGGGUCGGGGGCGUAGGAUGGUGGGGGAGGAUGGGGGCUUGGGUCCUGGGUGGAGUGGGGGUGUGCGGGGCGGAUAGACGGGAUGGGAGGGGAGCGAAUGGGAGGGGUGGGGAAGGGAAAGACAGGGUUGGGGGGGAGGCAUGGCGGGGGGAACCGAGGGACAGUGGAGGGUGGGGGGACGGGGGGGGUUGCAACGGAGGGGGGGGGUGGCAGGGGGGGGUGGGGGGGUCUGGGAGGGGAGGAGUGAACGGGGGGGUGGUCCAGAAGGGGUGGGGGGAUAGGGAGGGGCAGGGGGGGGGGGGGGGGGGGUUAGGGGGGAGGGGGCGGCGCGGGCGGGAGGGGGGGGGGGUUGGUGGUGAAUUGUGGGAGGGGGGGUGGGAAGGAUAUAAAUCAGGUGAACAUGAGGGUUGGGAAGGCACGGUGGGGGGGGGGGGCGGCGCGGGGCAGUGGGGCGGCGUAGGGGACAGGCGAGGUAGAGGGAAGGGCGGAAGUGCCGUGUGGGGGUGUGGGGGAGCUUUUGGGGUAUUGCAACGGUUUGGCAUACGUUGUAUGCCUCACAGGGUAUGGGUGUGUGUGGUGACAAGGGGGAGCGGGUGGGGUGGGGACGGGCGGUGGAUCAAAGGCGUGGGAGGGCUGAUAGGAGCUCGAGGGGUGGUGUUGGGGUCCGGGGAGCCUCAAGGGGCAGGCGGGGGGGAUUCAAAACGGGGGCGAGGACAGAGGCGGAGGAGACAGACUGGGGUGAGGGGAGGAGGGGUGAAGGGGGGGGGGGGGGGAUAG